GCGGCCGGGGGCGACAUGGCAGAGGAGCAGGACCUGUCCGAGGUGGAGCUGAGCCCCGUGGGCUCCGAGGAGCCGCGCUGCCUGUCCCCGGGGAGCGCGCCCUCGCUGGGGCCCGACGGCGGCGGCGGCGGCGGCGGCGGCGGCUCGGGCCUGCGAGCUAGCCCGGGGCCCGGAGAGCUGGGCAAGGUCAAGAAGGAACAGCAGGACGGCGAGGCGGACGAUGACAAAUUCCCCGUGUGCAUCCGCGAGGCCGUCAGCCAGGUGCUCAGCGGCUACGACUGGACUCUGGUGCCCAUGCCGGUGCGCGUCAACGGCGCCAGCAAGAGCAAGCCCCACGUCAAGCGGCCCAUGAACGCCUUCAUGGUGUGGGCGCAGGCAGCGCGCAGGAAGCUGGCCGACCAGUACCCGCACCUGCACAACGCCGAGCUCAGCAAGACGCUGGGCAAGCUCUGGAGGCUGCUGAAUGAGAGCGACAAGCGCCCCUUCAUUGAGGAGGCUGAGCGGCUGCGGAUGCAGCACAAGAAGGAUCACCCAGAUUACAAGUACCAGCCGCGGAGACGGAAGAACGGGAAGGCGGCCCAGGGGGAGUCGGAGUGCCCAGGCGGGGAGGCUGAGCAGGGCGGCACGGCCGCCAUUCAGGCCCACUACAAGAGCGCCCACCUGGACCACCGGCACCCGGGCGAGGGCUCCCCGAUGUCAGAUGGAAACCCUGAGCACCCCUCGGGCCAGAGCCAUGGCCCGCCCACCCCUCCGACCACCCCAAAGACAGAGCUGCAGUCGGGCAAGGCAGACCCCAAGCGGGAUGGGCGCUCCCUGGGGGAGGGCGGGAAGCCUCACAUCGACUUUGGCAACGUGGACAUCGGCGAGAUCAGCCAUGAGGUAAUGUCCAACAUGGAGACCUUCGACGUGGCCGAGUUGGACCAGUACCUGCCGCCCAAUGGGCACCCGGGCCACGUGGGCGGCUACUCAGCAGCUGGCUACGGGCUGGGCAGCGCCCUGGCUGUGGCCAGCGGACACUCUGCCUGGAUCUCCAAGCCUCCAGGCGUGGCUCUGCCCACGGUCUCGCCGCCUGGCGUGGACGCCAAAGCCCAGGUGAAGACGGAGACCGCGGGGCCCCAGGGGCCCCCACACUACGCCGACCAGCCGUCCACCUCGCAGAUCGCCUACACCUCCCUCAGUCUGCCCCACUACGGCUCCGCCUUCCCCUCUAUCUCCCGCCCCCAGUUUGACUACUCUGACCAUCAGCCCUCAGGACCCUAUUACGGCCACUCGGGCCAGACCUCCGGCCUCUACUCGGCCUUCUCCUACAUGGGCCCCUCACAGCGGCCCCUCUACACGGCCAUCUCUGACCCCAGCCCCUCAGGGCCCCAGUCCCACAGCCCCACACACUGGGAGCAGCCGGUAUAUACGACGCUGUCCCGGCCAUAG